UCCGCAUCCACACAGCCCCCUGCAAGCAAGCCCGGGAGGCCCCAAGGACUCAUCGUUUGUCUCCGGGGUCCUACGGUCCUGCUGGCAAGGGAGCGACUGGGAGUCUCACAGCCCCACCGCCCUCCAGCAGCAUGAAAACCCUGCAGAAACAGCGGCUAGAAAUAGUGAGCAUCUACCAAUACGUGCUCACUUUCCUCUUCAUGGGCCCUUUCUUUUCCCUUCUUCUCCUCUUCCUCCUCUUCACGUCUCUCUGGUGUUUCUCUGUUCUCUACUUUGUAUGGUUCUUCCUGGACUGGGAUACACCCCACCAAGGUGGAAGGCGUUGUGAGUGGAUGAGGAACUGGACUCUGUGGAAACACGCAAGGGAUUAUUUUCCCAUUAAGCUGGUGAAAACAAUCGAGCUGCCUCCUGACCGGAACUACGUGCUGGUGUCUCACCCACAUGGGAUCCUGGCCAUGGGAACCUUGUGUAACUUCACUACUGAGAGCACAGGCUUCUCCCAGCAGUUCCCCGGGCUUCGGCCCUCAACAGCCGGGCUGAAUGGCCUCUUCUACCUCCCAGUAUUUCGAGACUACAUUAUGUCCUAUGGACUAUGUUCUGUGAGACGCCAGAGCCUGGAUUUUAUUCUGUCGCGGCCCCAGCUUGGGCAGGCUGUGGUCAUCGCAGUUGGGGGGGCCCACGAGUCCCUGUACGCCAUCCCAGGGGAGCACUGCCUCACUCUCCGGAAUCGGAAAGGAUUCGUCCGCCUGGCACUGAGGCACGGCGCCUCUCUGGUGCCCGUGUACUCCUUCGGGGAGAAUGAUGUCUUCAGAGUUAAGGCUUUUGGCCCAGACUCGUGGCAGCAUCUGUGCCAAGUCACCUUCAAGAAGCUCCUGGGCUUUGCUCCUUGCAUCUUCUGGGGCCGUGGGCUCUUCUCAGCCAACUCCUGGGGCCUGGUGCCCUUUGCCAGGCCCAUCACCACUGUGGGUGAGUGCCCGCCUCCAGGGAAGAAGGUACCGUCAGCUGUGUGGACAGCAGAGGCCCCCGCCUCACUGUGUCUCCCCUCUCCCCACAGUGGGCCGCCCCAUCCCGGUCCCCCGGUGCCUGUGGCCCACCGAGGAGCAGGUUGACCACUAUCACAUGCUCUACAUGAAGGCUCUGGAGGAACUCUUUGAGGAGCACAAGGAAAGCUGUGGUGUCCCAGCUUCUACUUG